CAGAGCUGGGCCGAGAGGACCGAGCCGGGGAGCCGUGGUCGGCGGGAACCGGCCUGGAGCCGGGCACCCCAGGCCCCUGACCGCCCUCGCAGCCGGUCGGCGAACGCGGCGUGGUCCCUCGGCGCCCCCUGCCCGGGCCCAGUCCCUCCCCGGGCCCCCCCAUGGCCCGGGCCGCGGUCCUCCCGCCGUCCAGAUUGUCACCGUCGCUGCCGCUGCUGCCGCUGCUUCUGCUCCUGCUCCAGGAAACAGGAGCCCAAGAUGUGCGGGUCCGCGUGCUCCCGGAGGUCCACGGCCGCCUGGGGGGCACCGUGGAGUUGCCGUGCCACCUGCUCCCACCCACGUCAGAGCGUGUCUCUCAGGUGACGUGGCAGCGCCUGGACGCCGCCGUCGUGGCCGCCUUCCACCCGUCCUUCGGCGUCGACUUCCCCAACACUCAGUUCACCAAGGAGCGUCUGUCCUUCGUCAGAGCCAACCAGGAGACGAACGCCGACCUGCGCGAUGCCACGCUGGCCUUCCGGGGGCUGCGGGUGGAGGACGAGGGCAAUUACACCUGCGAGUUCGCCACCUUUCCCAACGGCACCCGCCGCGGGGUGACUUGGCUCAGAGUCAUAGCCCAACCCGAGAAUCAUGCUGAAGCCCAGGAGGUCACGAUCGGCCCCGAGUCCACGCCUGUUGCCCGCUGUGUCUCCACGGGAGGCCGCCCACCUGCCCGGAUCACCUGGAUCUCAUCUCUCGGUGGAGAGGCCCGAGACACUCAGGAGCCGGGGCCGCAGACUGGCACCAUCACCGUCAUCAGCCGGUACUCCCUGGUGCCGGUGGGCCGCGCGGACGGCGUCAAGGUCACGUGCAGAGUGGAACACGAGAGCUUCGAGGAGCCGCACCUGCUGCCGGUGACCCUCUCCGUGCGCUACCCUCCCGAAGUGUCCAUCUCUGGCUAUGAUGACAACUGGUACAUCGGCCGCAGCGAAGCCGUCCUGAGCUGUGAUGUACGCAGCAACCCGGAGCCCACAGGCUACGACUGGAGCACGACGUCGGGCGUUUUCCCAGCCUCUGCAGUCGUCCAGGGGUCCCAGCUGCUUGUCCACUCUGUGGAUCGAAUGGUCAACACUACCUUCAUCUGUACAGCCACCAAUGCUGUGGGGACAGGCCGUGCUGAGCAGGUCAUCCUGGUCCGAGAGUCGCUCGGCGUGGCAGGAGCGGGAGCCACAGGCGGCAUCAUCGGGGGCAUCAUCGCCACCAUCAUUGCGACUGCGGUGGUGGCCACAGGCAUCCUCAUCUGUCGCCAGCAGCGGAAGGAGCAGAGGCUUCAGGGGGCGGAUGAGGAAGAAGAGCUGGAAGGACCUCCCUCCUAUAAGCCACCGACGCCCAAGGCCAAGCUGGAGGAGCCAGAGAUGCCCUCCCAGCUCUUCACUCUGGGAGCCUCGGAGCACAGCCCAGUGAAGACGCCAUAUUUCGACGCUGGUGUCUCUUGUGCCGACCAGGACAUGCCUCGGUAUCACGAGCUGCCCACCCUGGAAGACCGGUCAGGGCCCCUGCUUUUGGGGGCCACAGGCCUGGGACCUUCUCUUCUGGUGCCUCCGGGGCCCCCUGUUGUGGAGAGGGUUUCCCUGGGUCUUGAAGACGAGGAGGAAGAUGAGGAGGAAGAAGACUUCCUGGAUAAAAUCAACCCUAUUUAUGACGCCCUGUCCUACUCCAGCCCCUCUGAUUCCUACCAAGGCAAAGACUUCUUUGUGUCAAGGGCCAUGUAUGUGUAAGGCGCCGGGGCUCUGACCUCUCACCCUUCACCCUUGACCCCUCAGCUUUCCACCAGUGAUCUAGGACACUCUGACUUCCAGCCAAGUCAGGGUCAGCUAUCACCCCUGCAAUCCACCUGUGUGUGACUUUUUAGUGGCUCCACCAUGACCUCCGACCCCGACAAACCUGCAUGACUGGAAACCUGGGAGUGUUAUGUCCCAAGGCAGAGACUCAGAGGAACCUUCUGCACCACUUCUGACCCCUCAAGGACUCCUAAAACUGGGACCCUCUGACCCUGCCACUCACCUGUGUCUCAACUCACACACAGCCCAGAGGACGGGACCUUGGACUUGUCCUCAUGCAAUAGGGUCCCCACGGGUCUGCAAGAAUGGGAUCAGGGGCUACCUGCUGCUCAGACCUGAGCCCUCCAGGCAGCAGAAGCUAACCGGAUCCCUCCCCACCCUCCUCCCCAGAGGUGAAAAGGAGAGGACUCCCCUGUGUAAGGUAGGACCUCCCCAUCUCCACCUACUCCUGCAGGCAGGAAACUCAGGGUUCCUACCCUCUUCUCAUCACCUGGCACCCCAAUUCCUGCCUCCAGACCUGGAGGGGAGAGCCCAAGUGUGCCUUGCCACCCCAUGUUUGAGAGAUUUGCUCUUAUCUUGAAGACUACUGAAUCCUUCCAACCCCUACCCAGUGGGAGGAGAGUUACACAUCCCUCUAGAGAGGCUGGGGUGUGUGUGCGAUGGGGCAUCUGCGUUGGGAAUUUGGACAAUAUUAUUUUGUAAGCAUUUCCUACAAAAUACGAGUUUAUACUUUGA